AUGGACAAAAAUGCUUCCUCCUCCUCCUCCUCCUCCUCUCCUUCAACCUCCACCACCGAACAACCACCACCACCGUCGCCGCAAGAUGUCCCUGUUGAAGAGCCACCAGUAAUUCUGAAAACACCAGAAGAAGUGCUGGCUGAACUCUCCGAAAGCGGGGAAAGCCCGCCGCCUCCUCCGCCUUCGGCUGCAGAAGAAGGAGGGAUUGGCGGGUCGGCUAUGGCAAUAGCGGUUGGUGUUGGUGGAGAGGGAGUGGUGUUGGGUGAAGCGGGUUCCGGUGGAAGUGGUGCAGGUGGUGCAAGUAGAAAGAGAAAGGCAUCGGAAGUGAAGGACCCUCCAACUGGAACACCAACAUGCCCAGUUUGUAACAAAACUUUUGCAAGUUGGAAAGGUGCUUUUGGACACAUGAGGAAGCACCCUGAUCGCCAGUACCGUGGCUUCUUUAAGCCACCAACUUUCACGUCCUCUGCCGCCGCCUCUGCCGCUGUCGCUGCUACUGGUGGUGCCACCACCCAGGGCUCUGCGGAGGGAGGAAGUAGUGCCGCUUCUGGCGAAGGAGGAAGUGCUGGCGCCGCCGGGCAAGUUGGAGAAGGCGGAGCAUUUGAUCUCAACCAGCCAAUUGGAGGAGCCGGCGGUGGUGGUGAAGGAGGGAACGGUGAUGAAGGAAAAGAUUUAGGGUUUGAUCUCAAUAAGCCUGCCGAUGAAGAAGACAAGGCAUGA